AUGACAAAUAGUGACAAUAAAUGUUUAUCACCUCCAAUCUAUUUGGAUUAUAAUUCAACCACUCCUCUCCAUCAAGAUGUCAUUGAUGCCAUGAUACCUUAUCUUAAAUCAUUUGGUAAUCCUUCAUCAUCACACUAUUACGGGUUUGAAACAAAAUUUGCUGUAGAAUUAGCACGUAAACAAGUAUGUGAAUGCAUUUCAUGUGAUCUAGAUGAAUUAAUAUUUACUAGCGGUGGAACAGAAUCCAAUAAUUAUGCCAUUAAAGGUGCACUAAUGUCAAAAUAUCAAACAACUGAAAAGUAUCAUGUUAUUACAAGUAAAAUUGAACAUCCAUCCGUUUUAGAAGUGUUCAAAUAUUUUGAAAAUAAAGGAUAUUUUGACGUAGAUUAUUUAAACAUUAAACCAAAUGGUUUAGUAGAUUUAGAACAAUUAAAGUAUUUACUUAGAAAAAAUACAAUAUUUAUUAGUGUUAUGCAUUCAAAUAAUGAAAUUGGUACAUUACAACCGAUUAAACAAAUUACUUCUCUGUGCAAACAAUUUAAUCCAACGAUCAUCGUUCAUACCGAUGCUUCUCAAUCAAUUGGAAAAGUUUCUGUUAAUGUUAAUGAUUUAGGUGUUGAUCUACUCACAAUAUGUUCACAUAAAUUUUAUGGUCCAAAAGGAAUUGGUGCACUUUAUAUUCAUCACGGUGUUAAACUUGAUCCACUUUUCCAUGGUGGUGGACAUGAAAUGUGUAGAAGAUCGGGUACAGAAAAUGUUCUUGAAAUUGUAGGACUAGGUAAAGCAUGUGAACUAGUAACGAAAGAAUUAGAAGAUAGGAAUUUAUUAAUGAAAAGAAUGACAAAAAGAUUGUAUGAUGGUUUGGUAAAUAAAAUUGGAAAGAAUUUUAUACGAGUAAAUGGUGAUCAACAAUUAAAAUUACCCAAUACUUUGAAUAUAAGUUUUCCAAAUAUAGAGGCUAAUCAGAUAUUAAAUGAAAUUGGAGAUAAAGUUGCUAUAUCAACAGGGGCAGCAUGUCAUUCGACAAAUGAAAGUGCAUAUUCACCAGUAUUAAAAGCAUUAGGUUUAUCGUCUGAUAUUGCAAAAGGUACAAUUCGUUUGAGUACUGGUAUAUACACGACAGAAAAAGAAAUUGACAACGCUGUAAAAAUCAUGUCUGAUACGAUAAAUAAACUAAAACCUGAUCAAUUGUCAAAUGAUACUACAACAGAGGAGGUAGAAAUAAAACUAACAUCAUUAACAAAAGGUAUGGGUUGUGGUUGUAAAUUGCGUCCAAAAGAUUUAAAUUCAAUUUUAAAUCAAAUUCCAAAACAAUUCCCAAAUCCAAAUGUUCUAGUGGGUAGUGAUACUUGUGAUGAUGCAGGAGUUUAUAAAUUGAGAGAUGAUUUAGCUAUUGUACAAACAACAGACUUUUUUACUCCUAUCUGUGAUAAUCCAUUUGAUUUUGGCCGUAUUGCAUGUGCUAAUGCCAUAUCAGAUAUUUAUGCUAUGGGUGGUACACCAAUAAGUGCAUUAAAUUUAGUCAUGUUUCCAAGUGGAAAAUUACCGUGGUCAGUGUUGAAACGUAUUCUCGAGGGAGCACAAGAAAAAGCCCAAGAAGCCGGCGUUUAUAUUCUCGGUGGACAUUCAAUUAUUGAUCAGGAACCAAAGUUUGGUUUGGCUGUAACGGGUACAAUACAUCCAGAUAAAGUAUGGAAAAAUUCAACAGCUAAAGCAGGUAAUUAUUUAUGUUUAACAAAACCUAUUGGCACAAGUAUCAUACAGACUGGUGUUAAACGUCAAAUAAUUAAUGAUGAAAAUCUUCAGUCGUUGGCUAUUGAAACAAUGGCACGUUUAAAUAAAUAUGCCUGCGAAUGUUUACGAGAUAAUGAUAUUCAGGUUAAUGUUUGCACUGAUGUCACCGGUUUCGGUUUACUUGGUCAUUUGAAAGAAGUUUGUUUGGGAUCUCAUGUCGGUGCUCAAGUUUAUGCACAAUCCGUCCCAUUGAUAGAUCAUGAAAAAAUUGCUGAAAAAUAUGGUCGAAUGAAUGAAUGUAUUAGUGGAGGUACAUCGGCAAAUUUUGAAUUUACCAAAGAUGUUGUUGAUUAUGAUACGACGUUACAAGAACAUUGGAAAAUGAUACUGAAUGAUGCACAAACAAGUGGUGGAUUAUUGUUUGGAAUUGAGAAACAAGAUUUAGAGAAAACAUUGAAUGCAUUUAAAGAAAAGCAAGUGUUUAUUCAAUGUAUCGGACAGUUUGAUGAACAUAAUGCAACAAAUUCAUCAUCAAUGAUUCGUGUUAAGAAUGAGAAAUUGUUCCAAUAA